AUGCGCCUACAGAACAGAGAGCAGUGCAGACUGGAUAUCACUGACACCGGUACGAACACCUGACGAGAGGUUAUUAGGCUAACGACAUACUUGAUCUUAGUUGUUUUUUUGUUAUUAAUUCUUCGUCAGUUGGUGGAAUACAGUAUCACAUGGAAAGUGCUCUUUGCUAGGAAUAACCUGGCAGAAUGUCUUCAUUAUAUCAAACGCAUCGGUCCCAAUAACGAUACGCUAAAUCCAAUCCAGACUAAACAAGCACCUCUCCUCUGAUGGCCUCCUUCUUACAACAGUUAAGACUACUUCUCUGGAAAAAUGGCCUCGGUGUCAUCCGGCAACCUACCUGGUCGGUGGCUCUCCUUGUCUGGCCACUUGUGAUCUUUAUUAUCUUGGCGAUCACCCGUUUACAGUUUCCACCAAAACUCAGAGACACAUGCUAUGUGGCGCCUAGAAACCUUCCGAGCGCCGGGUUCUUCCCUUUCCUGCAGACACUCAUGUGUAGCACCGACACUACAUGCACCAGCAAAUCCUACCUAACAGAAGGACAGUCCAAAUCGUACUGGAGCACAGCUCGUCGCCACCGCAGGGAUGCUGAAUCUCACAGUCUACCAGCACUGUUCCAUGACCUACCUCCACUGGCCCAUCUACAGAAGGGAGGACUGAUUCACUCAAUCCUUAAAAGGGAUACUUCACAUCCAGAGCUCCUGGUGCUAUGGGAUAGGAUGCUCAAUUCCAGCUUUCAAAACAUUCCCAAUGUGACUUCAGUCAUGCAAACUUUUAACAACACCGGAUUGGUUGAUCAGACAAUGGAGUCCGUUUGGGAUUCUGUGAGCGUUUUGAAAAAAUCCUUAUGCAGCUUCUCCAUGACUGCCAUCAACACAUCAGCCAGUACCCAGGAUCUCUUUACACAAGGCUUAAUAAACUUCUGCAGCUCCAACGACACUGUUCUAGAAGCAUCCUUGCUCACCGUGAACCAGGAGCUGACAGAAAUGCUGCUCAAUAACCCGACAGAAGUAUUGGGAUCAAUUGGAGGGACUGUGGUGGUCCUAGAUAUGCUUCAACAGGAGACUUCAGUGUGGGACUUCCUACUUGGCUUGCCUGAUCUCUUCCUAAAGCCCACAGAUGAAGAGAUAUUAAAUGCUGGAGCAGAGGAAUUGGAAGAUCUUAAAAAUGCCUUUACAUUUCUCCAGAGGAAUUUCCCUCAGGCCAACAUCUCUACUGCUGUCACAAACCCAGUCAUCACUAAAGGCAUUGGCUUUCUCAACUACAUGAGUGCUUGGAAAGGGAGAGAUGUGUAUUUCAAACUGAGUGAUGUCAUGACCCCAAGCAGCAUUCCUCUACUUAGCUCAGACAUAAAAGACCUUAUCAACCAAAUCCAGAUUCCUCUCGAUAAGAUUCAAGUGCUUUUCUACGAGGCAGAUUUUCGUACCUUUUUGUGCGACCAAAACAUCACCGCAACCUAUUGUUGGAGUUGGGAAGCGGGCAAGAUAUUUGAAGGGAUAAAUACAUGGAAAGUUGUUGAACAGGUGCUGUUGACCUGGAGUCAGAACUCUGCCUCGGCAGACUUGGCCUUCACUGAGGAGGUGUUCAGCAGCUUGCUGGGCCUAGUCUCUCCAUCGAGCCUGGAUGCUGUUCUCAAACACACCAGGUCCCAGCGCAGCAGUGAUGCUCAGCCACAGAGCCUGGGGGAACAAUUAGUCUUCGGAUUAAGCAAUACAGCAUUUGAUUUUCUACAAGGCAUGCCUGGCUGGGAAUACAUUCAGACUUUCAUGAUGGCUGGCCAUUCAUCCAUGCAGGUGGCGAGAGCUGCAAUGGAAGUACAGCUACCAUACAUUAACGUGGUCCUGAGGGAUGCCAAGUAUGUCCAGGAGGCCUUCCUUUCUCUGAUGGAGAAUGAGACCUUUGCUAAGGCCUGGGCUGACCAUGCCAUGGACUCUAUCCUGCAAACUGUGGCCAAUGUUCUAGAGGGUCACACUAGCUGCAAAGACCUUUCUGCUCCCUGGGCUUGGAUGUCAGCAUACAGCUCUAUAGACCUUCAGUUGUGGGGCACUCUAGUUUGCGCUGGAAAUGACACACGUCUUGAGGAAAUGCUGUUAACAUCACUUUUGCCAGUAACUGAGAAGGUCCAGCAGUUGGUUGGUGCUGUGCAUGGAACUGUAAUGUACAAUGUCACACCCUCAAUACUUAUGGCAGAGUGGCACAGCCUGUACACAACCACCCUGCAGUAUGUCACUGGCCUCCAGAACUUGCAAACUGUACUUAAUGAGAACUAUUUUGUAGCUUGGAUCCCUGGGAACAUUUCAGUUGGAUUUUCCCAGAUUCUUUUGACCAGGGCUACUGGUACAUUUGAGAACAUGGGUUCUCUGCUUGAGAACAGCUAUCUGUGGCCCUCCAUGGAACCAUAUUUCCAUAUGGCUUAUUGGAUUUUGACCUACCAACCUAAUGCCACUGCAUCACCAAACUGCACACUUCUUCCCUCUGCCUUCAACUGUCAGACUGGCUUUACCUGGGAAACAGCUGUUCCACUGAUUCAAUCUUUGAUCUCUGAAGUGUCAAGAGAACCUGACAGCCUGCUGAGACCUCUCCAGGGGAUAGUGGCUCUCCUCCAAAACAGUUACAUGCCACUUUUACAGCAAGUCAUUGACAAUGGCCUACCAGGUCAGCUCCUUGGUAGUGACAUCUCGCUACAAGACUUGUUGCUGAACCUCAUUAAUAUAGUUGAUAAAGAAAUUCAGCUCCUCUCCAACAUUCAAUCCACACAACAGUUUGACACUCAGCUCUCGCUCACUCUGUUAAAUGACAUCAUGGCAGCUCUUGGACUGGGGCAGAUAGAGAACCUGUUGUCAGGAGGUUCCCAAACAACCAGCAUGCACCCAGUCAUCAUGGGCAUCCUUCAGGUCUUGAACAAUGGGUCCAUCCAGAUUCUAAAUGUAGAGGAUAGUUUUGCAGUUCUUCAAGCUAUUUUGAGCCAACUUGGAGCCGUCUUGCCUCCAGAGCAGCAGUAUCAGUUAGAAGCAGUCCUAAAUAGGACUCAUGCCCUCAUUCGAGAUCUGGAGAUCUGUUCAGCUCUUGGCCAGGACUGUGUUGCUGAUGUCCAGAAUGUCUUCGAUAAUCUUGGAGCAAUUCUUGCAUUUGGAAAUAAUGUGACCAUCCCAAUUACACCUCUUCAGGGUAAUAUGACUCUCCCUGUUGUGCUUGAUGUUCUCGCUCUGCUCCUGCCAUGGAACAUGUCCCGGCCAGCAGAAGCCUCAAUGGAAAUUUUCAGGAAGAUUCAGUAUCUUCUUGAGCAGGCUUAUGCAUCUUCUGUUUUCAACAUCAGUCAAGUUUUACAAGCCUCCAAUCUCACCAUUUCUGAAUUAGAACAAGUCAAUUCAGUAAUUCAUUCUAAUUGGUCAGCAUCCAUACUGAAGACUCUGAAAAUGGGCAUUCAAAUCCCACAAUGCAUGAACACUCAAACCACACAGUCUCCCCAAAAGCCUCCUACUAAUGGACAGGUCGAAUGUGUCCUUCAGCUCAUCCAGACUGCCUCUGGUUUACUUGGAGUAAUACCUGUGGCAGAGAAUGCUCAAAUGACUCUUAAUAAUUGGCUUAACAUCAUUUCAGUAGAGUAUCAGAAACUAAAUAACAUGUCCAUUUCUGGAUCUGACCCACUUGCACUGACAGAAGAGGUGCUGAUAACUACACUGUCAGCUAUUAGCCAAAACCUUCAAGGACUUGAUAUGGAGAACAUCACUGAUAUUAAAAAUGAGCUCAACAUUCUGGAAGACCUCAUAAAAAAAGUUUUCAGAGAACAAUACCCAUACCACACAAUUAACUCGACAUUGAUGGUGCAGGGACAGUAUGCACAGAAGGUGUAUGGAGAAAUCACACUGUGGUAUUUAAACAAGCUUGGAAAUGCCACCAGUGGCAGUAUGUUUGCAGAGAUUCUCCAUCAACUGAAACGCAUGACUGAAAUGCAGGUGGCACUCAACAAUGCAGAAGCAGAUAUGGUGACAAUAGCAAUGAAUCAGAUCCAGAACUUGACUCAUGUGAGGCCAGUAGAUCUUGCUGCAGCUGGGGUGAAUAUUGACCAACUUUUGCAAGCCAUGGCCCCCCUACUCUCCCCUGAGGACAAAGCCUUCCUCGCUGUUGCUGAACAGGUGUCUCAGAGACUAACCUACGCUCUACAGGUGUCUAGCACUGAUGGUGGUCUCCAAAGUGAAAACUUCACAGAAGCCAUCAUUAGCACUGUCAGAGUAGUUCUGGAGAGUAUUUCAAAUGAAACUGGAGCUCUACCUCAGGAUGUGGUUAACAAUAUUUUUGGUGCUUUUAAUGGUUCACUUCAGCUGAUCCUGAGCCCCAAUAUGAGCUAUGCCCAAGCUAUUACCCUAACACAGGAGACUAUCCAGAUGGUAGAGGGAGCGAUUCAUACCCUUUUACCAGCACAGGCAGCUGAGGUGUUGGUUCCCAUUAAAAACAUCAUUUUAUCCUAUCUGAAUAACAUCUCACAACCUGCUGGAUUUGAUCUUUGGAAUGAACUCAUUAUAAAUGUGAUGAAAGAGCUUCAGAAUUCCCUACCAUCAAACAGCACAGCUCAGCCCAUCAUACCAAUGAUAAUCAAGCUCACAGAAAACCUUCUGAGCUCAAAUGGAGGCAACUUGACCAAGGACUGGAUCAUUAACCAACAACUGACAAUGGCACUUGCUCCAGUCUUCCAGUGGGAAAUUAGCUCUGUCGAUCUUGCUGCAGCUGGGGUGAAUCUUGACCAACUUUUGCAAGCCAUGGCCCCCCUUCUCUCCCCCGAGGACAAAGCCUUCCUCGCUGUCGCUGAACAGGUGUCUCAGAGACUAACCUAUGCUCUACAGGUGUCUAGCACUGAUGGUGGUCUCCAAAGUGAAAACUUCACAGAAGCCAUCAUUAGCACUGUCAGAGUAGUUCUGGAGAGUAUUUCAAAUGAAAAUGGAGCUCUACCUCAGGAUGUGGUUAACAGUAUUUUUGGUGCUUUUAAUGGUUCACUUCAGCUGAUCCUGAGCCCCAAUAUGAGCUAUGCCCAAGCUAUUGCCCUAACACAGGAGACUAUCCAGAUGGUAGAGGGAGCAAUUCAUACCCUUUUACCAGCACAGGCAGCUGAGGUGUUGGUUCCCAUUAAAAACAGCAUUUUAUCCUAUCUGAAUAACAUCUCACAACCUGCUGGAUUUGAUCUUUGGAAUGAACUCAUUAUAAAUGUGAUGACAGAGCUUCAGAAUUCCCUACCAUCAAACAGCACAGCUCAGCCCAUCAUACCAAUGAUAAUCAAGCUCACAGAAAACCUUCUGAGCUCAAAUGGAGGCAACUUGACAAAGGACUGGAUCAUUAACCAACAACUGACAAUGGCACUUGCUCCAAUCUUCCAGGGGAACGUUAGCUCUGUCGAUCUUGCUGCAGCUGGGGUGAAUCUUGACCAACUUUUGCAAGCCAUGGCCCCCCUACUCUCCCCCGAGGACAAAGCCUUCCUCGCUGUUGCUGAACAGGUGUCUCAGAGACUAACCUACGCUCUACAGGUGUCUAGCACUGAUGGUGGUCUCCAAAGUGAAAACUUCACAGAAGCCAUCAUUAGCACUAUCAGAGUAGUUUUGGAGAGUAUUUCAAAUGAAACUGGAGCUCUACCUCAGGAUGUGGUUAACAAUAUUUUUGGUGCAUUUAAUGGUUCACUUCAGCUGAUCCUGAACCCCAAUAUAUACAACAUGCAAGCUAAUCACCUCACACAGGAGACUGUCCAGAUGGUAGGGGGAGCUAUUCAUGGCCUUUUGCCAGCAGAGGUGGCUGAGGUGUUGGUUCCCAUGAAAAACAGCAUUUUAACGUAUUUACAGACCGUCUCCCAAUCUGCUGGACCAGACAAAUGGAAUGAAGUCAUUGUGAAUAUGAUGAGAGAGCUUCAGAAUUCACUGCCAUCAAACAACACAGCUCAGCCCAUCAUCUCUGUGAUACUCAAGGUCACAGAGCAUAUUCUAAACUCAAAUGAAGGAUAUACAAACAUGUGGCACAACCUAGGCAACUUCAGUCUUGGCAGCCUAAAUGAAAUAACAGAACAGCUUGCAGUCUUUCUGGGCUCUAUGUCACCAUUCAUGAAUGAGUCCACCCAGACUGUCACAGAAUCCGUAGGCAUUCUGGUCCAGAUCCUUUCUGGGAGUGCUGACCAGCUGACCUUUGACAAGUUGGAGAAGAUGUUAGCUGCUCUGUUUUCAACCUUCAAAGGUACUCCUAUGUGGGAUUCAUUGCCGUCUGUCGUGUCCACAGUUCAACAAGUCAUUGUCAACAGUGCUCAUAACUUGCAGGCACAAACAGAGCUCUUCCACAUCCUCCAGCAGCCAUUGUCCAGUUUUUUGUCAGGCAUUUUUCAUGUUAUGAACACAAGCAGUUUCACUGCUCAGUCCUUUGUUGUGGGAUUGCCACAGGCUCUCGUGUCAACUGCAGAAGCUGCUUUGCAGGCUGGUUUGGAGGGUCAGAGCCUGAACUGCAGCUACAUGCAGCAAAUAUGGCAGGAUGUCAGAGCUGGUACUGGAAUAAGUGAAGACACUGUUGCUUUAUGGUGUAACAUCAGCCUACAGCCAGUCAUAGCAGCCUACAAUAAACCAGUUCCAGCCUUUAAUAUGACGGGAAUGGCGAUGAACCCUCUAUGGAUAAAUGCCACUGCGGGAAUGAUGGCUGAGUCACUGGAGACUUUCUAUGGGGCGAUCCUGAACAGUACCUUUGCUAGCAAUCACCUUACAGAAGUCUUGUUGCAUUACACUUCAAUGCUAUACAACCUCUCUGUGCUAGAAAUAACAAACCAGGCUGACUGGAAUGUCCAGCUCUUCCAGAUGCAGCUCUACCAAAGUCUCUCCUCAGUUCAAAUGGCUCUGGAUCAAAUUAAAACAGAAGCUCCCUGGAUGACGCCAUACAUCGAGGCAAUUGGAAAAACUAUAGAGGUCAUCCAACAGAAUGGCAAUCUCCUCCAGAACUCAACUGUAAGCCCUCAGAUCAUCAUGCAAGCUCUGGAGAUCACGCUUACCGGAAUGAAUUUUACAAAGGAAACCAUUAAUUACAUCCUGAAUGGAGACAUAUUUAUGAACCCCAAUGGAAGCACAGUUGAUAGUUUAAUAAAAGAGGUUAUCCAGCAAAUCAUAGGUAUGGGAUUGCUGGACGACUGGCCCGCUCUUUAUGGAGUAAUGCAGCAAGUUCUGUAUUUGGAAGAUACAAGUGGCACCCUAUGGAAAACUGUUGAUUUUUUCAACUGGCUGUACACUACUCAAGAUACUGGACUAAAUUUUGUCUUGGAGAUUCUGCGCAAGUUGUACGAUAUAGUAAGAGAUGCCCUAAACAAGAUGCCACUGCCGUGUCUCUCGAAAACCUUUAUUGACCUUUCGGGGAAUGUUUUGUCCAUGCUGAAACAGAUCAAACUAACCAGUGACCUCUUCGACCCUGUGGAACAAUAUCUAAGCCCACUUAAAAUGCAAAUUGCUCAGGGAGAGAACCUGCAAGGUCUUGUGUCCCAAACAAGAAAUGCCAGAAGUAUUGCUAGCGAAGUACAGAGAGAGCCAGUGGAUGACUUCCUUGACCUUCUUGACAUCGACUACCAAACCUUGCUUGAAGUUCUAUCCAUUCCACCGACCUCGACUGAAAUUUUGGAGACUAUUCAUGUUUUCUUUGCAAAUCCAGACUUGGGUGUCAUCCUGAAGGGUUAUUUGAGUGAAAUGACUGGAAACACAAAACAGGAGGAAACCAUUGACACAGCUCUGAAUGUGCUUUCCUACUUGACACUCCCUAGCAAUGGACAGCAGUUCUUGGAGAUGUUCAUGGACAUUGGUAGCGAUGGGUGGAAUUUGCAGGACCUUGGUAAAGUAGAGAAAUUUGCAGAGAGCCUGGGAAGAACAAUUGACGUGGCCAUGGUGCUAUCCAACCAGCCACCUCUGAACAUUGCGCUAAGAAUCGAGCACAUGACCCAACAACUUCAAGCUUUGGUGUCAAAUAUCAUCUUACAGGGUGGAAAUGGCAGAGACACUGCAAUCCAAUUCCUCACGGCACUCAACAACAUCCUUACCGAGAACUUUGAGGAAAUCAAGGACAUCAGCCCUCAGGUCACUGGCAUUCUGCAAAACAUAAUUGGCUCAUUUUCCAGUCCAGAGUCGCAGAUGAGCGUAGCGUCCUAUUUAGCAGCCGUAAAUCAGUCUGCAGAAGCUUUCGACUCACUUCCCUCUGGAGAGGUAGCUGUGUAUUUCAACAUAUCUGGACAAAUGCUGCAAGCCUUUGCAUUGCUCGAGGCAUAUCCCGGAGACAUAGAAAAAGUCAUGAUGUCCACCAGCAUGAUUUCUAACUCCCUAAACCAUGUCCUUGCCCUCUCGAAUAUCACAGCUCUUCCGAAUGGACAAUCUGUUCAAGAGGUCACCCACCCCCUCAUCCUUAGCAGUGCUAUGGCCACCCACAUCCUAUUCAACCUCUCCAUGUCAAACUAUAGCCUAAGCAGUGGUGCUGAGAGGGAGAUGCUUUUGACCCAGACGUUCAAUCAGAUGGUUGUCGUUCUCCCCAAGGAAACGCACAUGUACCUCUUUGUUAUCAAAUCGGCUUUAUUCACUGCCCUUUCAAGAGUAUCCAACACUGCGGAAAUCACAUCCCACUUCCCAGAAAUCUCCCAGCUUGUUACACAGUCUCUUCUUAACUCUCUAAACAUUACUUAUGAUCCGACAUCUAUGCAUAUGACUCCAGAUGGCCUUGUUUACAUCUUGAUGACCGUGUCUAAUCAAGUGUCCGUGAGUCUGUACGAGGGCCUUAUGUUAUCUGGUUCUCCUAUCCAAAUCUCACAAGCCGUGAACUCUUUAAGUGAGGUUGCAUCUUCUAUAUACUCGAUAAUGCCUGUUGAGGGACGGCCAUACAUCAAUAUCACACUCAACCUAAUGAAGACAAUGUCUUUUGUUCUUAAUGACACCAGCACCUUUGGGGAUGUCAGUGGGGCUGUCUCCCCAAUAGCCAGUUCUGUCAACAACCUUCUGGCCUUGGUGCACAACAUGAACACAAAUUCCUCCAGCACCAUUAUAGGUGACCUAGAGCAGACCCUUAAGACAAUCCUAAUGAUCAUCCAAGCAGACCAAAACCCUUUCACCCAAACAGCUGUUAUUACCCAGCAGCUGCUGCACACCAUCCAAAAUCUCAUCUCGCUGGGCAAUAGCAGCAAUGUGGAGUCUGAACUCGCCAAAAUAGUGCUGGGGGCUUCUAGCAUGAAUAUCGGCCAUCUGUUGGGGAUGAAUGACACUAACUGGACUGACAAGCUGCCUGUGCUGUUGACAAACCUUGCUGAUAGCCUUCCAGAAGACCUGCCAUAUUCUUCUCAUAUUAAGUCCAUCAUAAGAAGUCUGGCCAACGAAUCCCAAGAAAAUCUGCAUCUUUUACAGCAAGUGCUAAACACCGCAUUUGAAUUAGGCUCAGCCAACUGGGCAAAUGAGAGUUCGGGCAUGAUACUGGACCACCUGUUAACUAAGGUGUGUGCUCUGGAAAACAUGGCUUCUGUGCAGCUGAUCACCCAGGUUCUGCCUCUGGGUCCCAGAGUGCUAUGCGACACUGUUGUUCCCGCAGUUCAGGCCGUCUAUGUGCUCACAACCAACCUGGUGAACCAAAGCACCAACAUCUAUGAUCUGAUUUUCCAGACUUUCAUUGGAGACCCUAACACUUACAACACUGAAGUGGACUGGACAUCAACUCUCUCUCAAAUUGUGGGCUUCAACGUCUCAACUCUGAAAAGUCUUAAUAUCAAUAUUUCAUCUCCAGCUGAAGUGAAAGUUUCAGAGCUGCUGAAAAACACCACUCUGUUUGUUCAGGAUGUCGAGCGGUAUACCAACUUUCCCCCUCACAUUCUCCUGGCUCUAUUAGAUUACCCAUUACCCAGCAGCAACAUGCAGAACUUGGCAUGGUUGGCAAACCUACACAAGUGCUCAGACCCCUCGUCUUUGCAACUGGACCCUGCAGGGCAGGAGAUCUUCAGCACCUUCUGUGAACGGUCACAUGAAUGGUACAGCAUCACGGUUCUCUUUCUUCGCCAUGUGGACAUGAAGGCAGCUUUAUUCAGGCUGGUGUUGUCAAAAGAAAUUCAGGAUUUGGUGGCAAUCAUGCUAGAGAUGAUCAAGUUUUUGACGGACAUUAUGCACAAACUGGUACCUGCCCUUAACAAACUGCAGGAAUACCUGACAAACAUUGGAGAACUAAACCUGGUGGCCAACCAAGAGUUCCACAGUCUGGUGAGGGGAAAGCGGUCCACCAUGUCUAGCAGGGCCACCUUUAGUACCAUUGCUCGUGCCUUAUGCAAAAAUGGCAUCCUGACACUGUUCGCCAUCGCAAAAGUUCCUAUCAUAACCGAGACUGAUCCUUCUGUCCAGACGGACCACAAAAGAGAAGAGCUGAUUAAGAAGUUCAAAAUCCCACCCGAUGCUAGUCCCUUCUGUAUGAACCUCUACUUGGAUAUGGUGAACACUACAGGCGGCGCGGUGGCCUGGGCCUUCCUCAAACCCAUGCUGUUAGGACAGGUCCUGUACUCACCAGACACACCAGUGACGAGAGAGAUCAUGAUAAAGUCCAAUACUACACUGCACCAGUUUGGUGAUCUAAAGCUUUUUGCGUCCGAGUGGAUAGAGUCAUCGUCAUAUGUGAUGCAGUCUGCCAACAUCCUGACAAAAACCUUGCCAAUACUUCAGAAUUCUCUGCGCAAUCCUUUCGUCCAAAACUUCAUUCAGACUCAGACCGGCAUUGAUGUUGCACAAAUGAGCACAACUCUCAACCAAUUCUCAAACAUGACAGUCCUUUUAGAGAAAAACAAGUUUAUCAUGGAGCAGAUCACCACCCUCUCCAUGCUGAUGAUGAACCUUUCCUCCUGUGUCAACUUCGACCGCUACCGAGCCUUCAACUCCACUGAUGAACUCGACGAGCAGGCGGAGAAACUGGCUCAAAACCGUGAGCUCUACGCCAGCAUUAUUUUCAAACUUCCUGAGGAGACCUCCAGCAGCCUGCCCCCGAACAUCGACUACACCAUCCGAAUGAACAUCGAGAAUGUCAUGCGCACAGACCGUGUACGGAAUCCCUUCUGGGUGAAAGAUGCCUUCGUGUCAUCAACGAAGACCCAGCGGUACAACCGAGGCUUCGUGUAUCUGCAGGAGAGCAUUGAUAGAGCCAUCAUCGAAAUGCAGACGGGUAAAGCCAUAGAUGGGCCAGCCGUCCAGAUGCAGGCGUUCCCUUAUCCCUGCUACUACAAGGAUGAGUAUCUCAACAGCAUCGCUUUUGCCUUCCCAAUGGCUCUCAUGAUUUCCUGGGUGCUGUUUGUCGCCCACUUUGUGAAAAAACUCGUCCAUGAGAGAGAACUGCGACUUCAUGAGUACAUGAAAAUGAUGGGGGUCAAUCCCAUCAGCCACUUCUUUGCCUGGUUAAUUGAAAGUGCUGUGUUCCUGCUGGCGACCAUCAUCAUCCUCACCAUCAUUUUGAAAGCUGGCGGCAUCCUUCCUCGCAGCGAUGGCUUCGUGCUCUUCCUCUACCUUUGCGACUAUGGCUUCAGUGUCCUUGCAAUCAGCUUCCUGGUCAGCUCCUUCUUUGAUAAGACCAACAUCGCCGGGCUGAGCGGCAGCCUUAUCUAUGUCAUCUGUUUCUUCCCCUUCAUCGUGCUGAUCCACUUGGAGGACAAUCUUUCCUUCAGUGUGAAGAGUGCUCUGAGUCUCUUUUCUCCGACAUGCUUCUGUUACGCCAGCCAGUAUAUUUCCCGCUAUGAAAAACAGGAAGAAGGCAUCCAGUGGAGCAACAUGUAUAUCUCUCCUCUGGCUGGUGACACUUCCUCCUUCGGUUGGCUCUGCUGGCUGCUCCUCAUUGACUCAGUAGUAUAUUUUAUCAUUGGGAUUUACAUCCGCAUGGUCUUCCCAGGAAAGUAUGGCAUUGCUGUUCCGUGGUACUUCCCAGUGACUCGGUCCUUCUGGACAGAUGUGUUCAGCUGCUGUAACAGAACGCCAAAGAAAAUAGGCAGAGGGCUGCUCUUUAGUAACAUGAUGCACGAACAAAAAAACACUGACAAGAGCAAAGGUAAAAGUAGCUUGGCGGGUAAUGGAGAAGAAGACUUCUCAGGAUUGCCUGUUGGAGUCUCACUUUAUGGCCUGACAAAGACCUACGGCAACCGGCAUGCUGUAGACAAUCUGAACCUUUCUUUCUAUGAGGGACAUGUCACCUCUCUGCUGGGUCACAAUGGAGCUGGAAAAACCACCACUAUGUCACUUCUGACAGGAUUGUUUUCACCGACCAGCGGCACCAUUGAGGUGUAUGGGAUGGAUAUGCAGACGUCUAUAGAUGAUGUGCGUAAGGAGAUGGGCGUGUGCAUGCAGUAUGAUGUCCUGUUUGACCACCUUACCACAAAGGAACACCUGCUGCUAUACGCUCAGAUCAAAGCUCCCCACUGGACCAAACAGGAAGUGAAUGAACAAGUGCGAAGAAUCCUAAUGGAAACAGACAUGCACGCCCAUCGCCACAAGCGUGUCGGCACCCUGUCAGGAGGUAUGAAGAGGAAGCUAUCCAUCUCCAUUGCCUUCAUUGGAGGGUCACGGCUGGUGGUGCUAGAUGAGCCGACCACCGGGGUGGAUCCCUGUUCCCGACGCAGCAUCUGGGACAUUGUCCUUAAACACAAGCAAGAGCAUACCAUCAUUCUUUCCACCCAUCACCUGGAUGAGGCUGAAGUUCUCAGUGACCGCAUCGCCUUCCUGGAGCGUGGAGGCCUUAAAUGCUGUGGUUCGCCCUUCUACCUCAAAGACAAGCUGGCUAAGGGCUACAACCUCACCCUCACAAAGAAGGUGCAGACUCCUGAUUCAAACGAAAAGUUUAACAUUGAAGAACUCAGGACUUUCAUUCAAUCCUACCUGCCUGACGCUCGGCAGAAGGAGGGAGAGGUGGGCGAUUUGGUCUACGCCCUCCCACCGUACACCCCCCAGAAUGCAGCUGUGUACCACUCUCUGCUCACCGGUCUGGAUCAGAAUCUGGACAAGCUUCAGCUGGGCUGCUAUGGCAUUUCUGACACCACCCUGGAAGAGGUGUUCCUGCAGUUGACUCGAGACGACUUGGAGCCUAAAGAAAGUGAAACCUGGUCUGUAUCAGAGUCUGUGAUGGAGAAUGACAUGUUUGCCUCAAGAGACAGCAUUCCUGACGAUUUCAACAACACGUACCUUGGAGAGAAAGCCAGCCUCACUGGGACCUCAGCCGUGCGUGGGUUCACUUUGACUGCGCAGCGGGUGAUGGCCAUGUUGCUGAAACGAGUGCAUCACUCCAGGAGGGACUGGAAGGGGCUGUUCUCCCAGGUCUUGUUGCCUGUACUCUUUGUAAUUGCUGCCAUGGGCCUGGGCUCCAUCAAGAGUGAUCUUCAGCACUUUCCUGAGAUUGUGCUCUCUCCUGCUCUGUACCACGUUGAUGAACAGUAUAGCUUCUUCAGCAAUCAGAAUCCCACCACCAACAGUCUUGUAGAUUCCAUGAUGUCCUAUCCAGGCAUUGACCAUGUCUGCAUGAGAGACCCCACAAAUUCGGUUUGCAAAGAAAGACCAACUGUAGGAAGUGAGAACUGGAUCUCCAGAGGCAACAGCUCUGCUACAUUUACCACCUGCAAGUGUAGCAACCAAGUGCAGUCAUGUCCUGCAUCCGAUCACGAACCACCUCACAAAAGAAAUCCAUCAUCCCAGAUUGUUUACAACCUGACAGGCAUCAACACAGAGGACUACCUGCUGGCCACUGCCAAUGACUUCAUCAGAAUCAGAUAUGGAGGCUGGGACUUUGGAAAGCCUCUUCCCAUUGAUCUUAAGAUGGACAUGUUAGAUGUGCCAGCGAACAGAACCCUUAGUAAGGUUUGGUAUAAUCCAGAAGGUCACCACACCAUGCCUGCCUACCUCAACAGCCUUAACAACUUUAUUCUGAGAUCCAAUCUGCCACUAGAGAAACGGCAACAAUAUGCCAUCUCCAUAUCUAGCCACCCUUACCCUGGCCAAGUGCAAGAUGAGGAUGUCAUGGUGGGCGGUUUGGUCAGCAUCCUGGUUGCUCUCUGUGUUCUCACUGGCUACUCCAUCAUGACGGCCAGCUUUGUCAUCUAUGAGGUUCAGGAACAUCACACAGGCUCCAAGAGACUCCAGCAGAUCUCUGGCAUCAGUGAACCUUUCUACUGGAUCAUCAACUUCUUCUAUGAUAUGGCCCUUUACUUAGUUCCUGUGGUCCUCUCGGUGGCUAUGAUAGCAGCAUUCCAGCUCUCAGCAUUCACAGACAGGCAGAACCUCGGCGCGGUCACACUUCUGCUGGUGCUAUUUGGCUUCUCCACCUUCCCUUGGAUGUAUCUUCUGUCUGCGGUAUUCAAGGAUACAGAGAUGGCCUUUAUUGGUUAUGUUUGCAUCAAUCUCUUCAUCAGUGUCAACACCAUCAUCUCCACAUCCAUUAUUUACUUCCUGGGUCAGCUCAACCAGAAUGACCAGAGCAUCCUGAAUGUGUACCACACCAUGAGCAACAUAUUCCUAGUCUUCCCUCAGUUCAGCUUUGGCAAUGGUUUGAUGGAGUUGGCACGGGUUGACAUGCAGGUGCAGAUCCUGAGCGCUUUCGGAGUGGAUGCCUACAAGAACCCCUUCAGCAUGGAUGUUCUGGGCUGGAUGUACAUCUCCAUGUUCCUGCAGGGUUUCAUCUGCUUCACGCUUCGCCUGCUACUUAACAAGACGCUCCUUCGCAAAGUCAGAUUGUUAGUCUGCUGGAAGAAGAACGUUGUUCAGAGCUAUAGCCCCAAUGAAGAUGAAGAUGUGGUUGCUGAACGUCUGCGUGUGGACCGUGGCGAUGCGAAUGCAGAUAUUCUGCAAGUUAACCAUCUGACUAAGGUGUACCAAAACCUGAGCAAGAGGGUACAGGCGGUGAAAAGGCUGUCUGUGGGCAUUCCAGCUGGCGAGUGCUUUGGAUUGCUGGGAGUCAAUGGUGCAGGAAAGACCACUACGUUCAAGAUGCUGACAGGAGACAUUAGCCCUACUGAUGGCUCGGCCAAGAUUCGUGACAUUGACGGGAGACUGGUUGACAUCAUAGACUGCAGGAGAGAGGGCAUAAACAUUGGUUACUGCCCCCAGGUGGAUGCACUGGACGACCUCCUGACUGGAGAAGAACAUCUCUAUUUUUACGCCCGCAUCAGGGGCAUCUCCAAGAGGGAGAUUGACCGGGUUGUGAACUAUCUGUUGAAAAAGUUGGAGCUGAAUUACCAUAGACACAACACAAGUGAGAGCUACAGUUGCGGAACACGCCGGAAGCUGUCGACAGCUUUGGCCCUGAUCGGAAACCCUCAGAUCCUUCUCCUGGAUGAACCCAGCUCUGGAAUGGACCCACGUUCCAAACGUCACCUAUGGAAGAUCAUCUCUGAGCAAGUGAUGGGCAAAUGUGCUGUGGUCCUGACAUCACACAGCAUGGAGGAGUGUGAGGCCCUUUGCACCCGUCUGGCUAUAAUGGUAAAAGGACAGUUCAGAUGUCUUGGCUCCCUACAGCACAUCAAAAACAGGUUUGGUAAAGGAUUCACAGUGAAGAUGUACUUAGCUGGAGCCUCCUGUGAUGUAGAUAUGAUCAGUAACUUCAUGCAGCAGAAUUUCCCCAGCACGUACCUGAAGGAUCAUCACUCAAAUAUGGUGGAGUACCAUGUGCCUGUUGCUCCCGGUGGUGUGGGUUCAAUCUUUGGUCUGUUAGAGUCCAACAAGGCUGUACUGCAAAUCAAACACUUCUCAGUCAGCCAGACCACUCUGGAUGAGGUUUUCAUUAACUUUGCCAUGGGGAAGACGGACACAGACGAACAGGAGGUCACUGAAGGAAUGGACAUUGACAGUCUAGACUCGUACAACGCUUUGGACUAAUGGAAUACUUGCACAUUAUGGCAUUCAAUUAACCAAUGUUAAUUUAAUACAUAGGAAAUAUUUUAAAGGCUAUAUCGUAUGUUGGUGUUGUGAUUUUUAUGAAGGACAAAAAACAAAUCUAUUUUGUAUUGAAUAAUGAAGUCGCCAAAUACCUUAUGGAUAAUUAAUUAUUAAGGAUUUAUAUGAAUAAUUAUGUGUUAAUUCACUCUUUCUGCUCUUCCAAACAUGGGUUCAAAUACUGCUCCACAUUAAAGGAAACUUCAUAUGGAAGUUUGUUGCUAUUUGUAUCACCUUAAAAGGAUUAAUAUGCAGAAAAGUCUACAUUAGUUUACAUAGUUUAAUGCAAUACAUUAGUCUUUAGUUUAUCAUCAAACAACUCUGCUGCUUAUCAAAGAAAAUCAAGUCAUUUAUUUACUGAAUUGUUUGAAGUUUUAUUAGCUCUACCAUCCUCUUAAACUGCUGGCUGCAUUGAUGCAGCUCUUGUCUGGGGUUGAUAUAAACCACAAAGACCUUUUUGGCUCCAAGAAAUAAAUGAUUCUUCAAUGUC